AUGGGUGCCCGUGGGUACGAAGAGUCUAAGAUCAUCAGUUCUGCGUUAAAGAGUGCCAUCACAGUAGAGCAGGUGAAACGAGGAGGUCCAGCUGCGUUGAAUGAUAUGAUGUUCUUGACACGGGUACAUGCGCGCAGUGACGCCCUACACUGCACCGGGUCUGCACAUAGUACUACUAUGGCAACUGCAGUAUCCAUGUCGAUCUCCUUUGGCAUGCCUUUUGAACUAGCGAAUUUGUCGCCAGCAAUGACUCCAGUCGAUUCCAAGGCUGGGAUGGCAGGUGCAAUGGUCGUCGGCAGCGCCCAAGCUGACACGUUCCGCGGUGUGGUCCAUCGACAGGCACAUGGCAAGCACCUGCCUCUUCCUAGUGCUCCUAUUUGCCGCUUACCCAAUACAGAGCUUCAAACCCACCGUUCGAUCCAUACUACUACAAUGGUUGGCGCCGUCAGAUCCCUUGACGAGGUCAAGGCUGAUGCCCAACGUCAGUUGGAGGGUGAGAUGCAGGCAGAUGUGCCGCUCUCGCCCAAGCGACGCCCACAAAGCCUCAGAGAAGUUGGCAUGGCGGCCCCGCCGCAACAGUCGGCUCAUCGUGCCAGCGACCCCGGGGCAGACACGAGGCCAGUAGUCGCCAGACCGAUUUCCUUCCUGAACAUCUACCCCCAGACCCUGAUCCUUCGCGGGAAGUAUGUCAUGGUGCAGCGCCCAGUCGGCGAGACGAACUCACUGGAUUGCAUAUUUGAGCUGGACGCGCCUGCAGGGGAGUUGGACAGAGACCUGGGGCUCGUACUCAUGAGGAAGAGAGGUCACCUUGAUGCUGCCGCCGGCGCUGUUGUAUACCGCUUACACCGCACCCCGGACAAAGAGGCGAGGAACUUCCUGAUACCCCAGUACCGCGCCACCAAGGCCAGAGCCUGCCAAGAAUUGUCGCUGAACUACGGGCGCAUAAAGAGCAUGUUUGGGAAACAAUAUUUCAAAGUUGUCCUUCGAGAACAAGUAGGCAAGACCUACACGGUCCGAUCGCAAAAGAUUCUCAGCACGAAACAGCAUGAGGAAGACCUGGAAGACCGUAUCAUUGCUACAGAGCACUACAUGGUCCCGGGCAAUGCAGCAGAGCCACCACCUGAUGGGAAGCUCGUGAUACACCACCCUCUGACCGAGCAGGAGCGCGCUCAGCUCGUCGCAGUAUGGAUCUUGCGCAUCUGGGCCGACCGGGCUGGCCGAAUGACCGUGAGAAGGACCUGGAUGGAUUGGCUUCGGAAACUGACCGGCCAACCCACGCAAGCCCGCCAGGGCCGGGAUGACCACAACGAUGCCCAAAACCCCGUACAGCCAGCGCCAUGACCAGCCUGGAAAAGAAGAGGCCAACGCCAGACCCGCGAUGCUUCUCGGGUAUUAGUGGUGGCCGGUUCGAGCGGACGGCACCAGGCACUGUGCGUUGCCAGUUCCAGGGCAGACGGAAGAUAGAGGAGCCCAUGCACAGCGUCUAUGGCUGGGCAAUUCUCCGCGUUCUUUCACACCAGCGAUGUUUUAGAUGGGUAGUUACCAGCGUCAAUAUAUGUCCCACAGACUGAUUCUGCCAUCUUUGGCGCCCGCGGCCAUCCAGUGUGUGCGUUUGGCCUGGUG